ACCAAAUCACUCCUACUUGUAACCACCCCUCUUUAUCCCUUCUCUGAAAUUUAAAACUAAGGACAACCUUCUUGUUGGUUUUGGUUUUGCCAUCUUAUUCCCAGAAUUUCUCCCCUUCUCUUUCCUUGGAAAGUGCGUAAGUAAGUAGAGCAUGGAGGGCGAAGAUGGAGUGGUGAUGAUCAGAAGGGCGGAGAUCGACACAAGGGCGCCAUUCCGAUCGGUGAAGGAGGCCGUAGUAUUGUUCGGGGAGAGAGUUCUAGCUGGGGAGGUUUAUGCCUCUAAUAAAAUCAAAGAGAUGCACGACGGACAUAGCGAAAGCCAGUCCAAGCUUGGAACAGUGGUGGCGGAGCUAGAAGAGACAAAGUAUAGCCUCGGCAAAGCAAAAGAAGAAGGCAUGCUGAUGGCGAAUUGCCUCUCUUCUCUCAAGGAAGAGCUUGAACGCACAAAGCUAGAGCUGGAACGAUUGAAGGAGCGAGAGUCCGAGAAACGGCUAGUGAUGGAGUCAGAAAUUGAGGAUGUCAAGUUUGUUGAAGAUUCAGCAAAGGUGGUUGAGGUGAAAACACAAAACAGGACUAGCGAAGAAGAAACAAGUACUGAGUUUCAAAAGAAGAGAUACGUAACCUUCGCAAAUCCACCAUCAGUACCUCAAUUCGUUGUACCACAAGGCAGGGCAGUACUAGAGAGACACCCUUCUCUUAAAAAGAAGAAAAAAAAGCCGCUCAUCCCUCUCAUAGGAGGCCUUUUCUCUAAGAGAAGAGGAAGCCCUCAAGUCGGCUCACCAGCCACUCCAUAAGUCUUACCUCAUUCAUCCCAAUAAUCACCACCCAACCGUUUUACCUUUUUUCUUUCCCCAAAAUUUCCCUUUGAACUUGUUACUACUCUAGCCAUAGUUGGCCAAUGUUGUUUCCAUUGAGGCGGCAUCUAAGAAAAUAUGAUAGAAACCAUAAUGAAAAAUAAAAAAAUUUCCAUUUCAA